GAGAAUUAGCAUCAAGUAAAUGUCAUAUCGAGAAGAGGGCACAUCAUCUCUUUGCUUUCAUCUCCUUCAUCUCUUUGCUUUGUCUCUAUACUUUCCUCCCGGAGCUCCGAUCUUUAAAUUGCGUCGUUUUUUUUGUACAAUCGGAGCAUCCGAUCAUUUACUCCGGUUCCGAAUCGGAGAUUAUCAAUACCAUCAGUAACCUAGUCUCUCCGAUUUAGCGAUUUAAUAUUUCAUCAUUUUGUUGUGUUGUGAUUACAUAUAUGUUAACGUAUCAAUUUGGUAUCGCAAUCCAGAUCUAGUCGUAGACAUUGGUUGACUUCUUCUCUAGAGAAAUGAGUCAGCAGAAGGGUUUGAUUUACAGCUUCGUUGCCAAAGGAACCGUCGUUUUAGCGGAGCAUACUCCUUACUCCGGAAACUUUAGCACCAUUGCUGUUCAGUGUCUGCAAAAGCUCCCCAAAAAUAGCAGCAAGUAUACUUACUCUUGCGAUGCCCACACCUUCAAUUUCCUUGUCGAAAACAAUGGUUUCGUGUUUCUUGUGGUUGCUGAUGAGUCCACUGGAAGAAGUGUUCCUUUUGUUUUCCUUGAGCGGGUUAAGGAAGAUUUCAAGAAGCGGUAUGAGGCGAGUAUAAAGAAUGAUGCUGAUGAUGAUGAAGACGAUGAUUUCUUUGCGGAUCGGUUUAGCAUUGCGUACAAUCUUGACAGGGAGUUUGGGCCUUUCCUUAAGGAGCAUAUGCAGUUUUGUAUGAGCCAUCCUGAAGAGAUGAGCAAACUUUCCAAGUUGAAGGCUCAAAUUAAUGAUGUCAAGGGGAUCAUGAUGGACAACAUUGAGAAGGUUCUGGACAGAGGAGAGAGGAUUGAACUUCUGGUAGACAAAACCGAGAACCUUCAAUUCCAGGCGGAUAGCUUCCAGAGACAAGGGAGACAGCUAAGAAGGAAGAUGUGGAUACAGAGCCUGCAAAUGAAGCUGAUGGUGGGAGGUGCUGUUUUGUCCUUUAUUCUCAUCGUUUGGGUUGUUGCUUGUGGUGGUUUUAAAUGCUCGUCAUGAUGUUUUGCUCUCGUUUGUUUCUGUUUGAUCGUCACCACCUUGUUUUCACACGUAAAACGCAUGCUCACGUUUGUACAUGUUGGAACUUAUAAUAACAUAUCAUCAUCAUCAU